CAAAAUUAAUAUAGUUUAAUAGCGGAUCGCCAAGUAUGCGUAAAGAGCAUAUUUGCCUAGAAGAGUCAGAUUUAUGAGUAAUUACAAAGUGAUGAAAAGGGUGGAUUUACCCGCACCAUCAAACCAUACACUGAAAAUUAACUAAAAUAAUAAUUUUAUAAUUGCUUUUUGAAAUUGAAAUAAAAAGAAAUUGGACUUUUUUGUUUUUUCUUUAGUUUAUUUCGAUAUUUUUUAAAUUAUUUAUGUAAAAUAAAUAAAAAUGGAUAUAAAAACAUUAUUAUUAAAAUCCUUAUCAUCGAAAAAACCAAUUAGAGCCAGUCGCCGUAUUUACAUAGGAAAAUUGUGUUUUAUUAUAAAAUAUGUGAUAAAAGGAAAAAUGUUGUCUAUCAAAAGUAUAAAAACACCCAAUUGCAAAAUCAAAACUUGGGCCGAACGUAUAAAACAUUAUCGUACUAAUUAUAAAAGAUACCGCAAAAAGAAAAACAAAAUGGAAGGAAAUUUAGCAACAUCGAAAGAUAUAAAUUACGAAGAUAAAGCAACAUCUACUAUAGAAAUUCCAAGAGAUACAAAGCAAUACAAACCGAAAUUUCGCUAAAGCCUUUAAUAACAAAAACAAAAUCAACACAAAGUGAAAUGUUAGCGAUUACUACUACAUCAGCUCAACAAACUAUAGCCUCGGCUAUAUAUAAUAGAAAAGCUAGAAACCAGCAACUUAUAUCUAACUUAGGAACCUGUUCAAAAACUUGUCAAACGGAUUCAGUUGUUUGUGAAUGCCGAGGAAUCCAAUGCAAAAGAUUAAACCAGGUGAAAUCCACCAACACUGAUGACAAUACUAGAAACUCUAAUACUCAAACGGAUUUGUUUAUUGAUAUGAUAAAUUCGGAAAAAAUCAUGUGAACCUUUAUGUUGGAGAUCGUCGGCCAAAGAUUUUGAUGUUGUUAUUUAUAUGUUAAAUGAAAUUGGUGAAAUAGUGAUCAAUCAAAAUCAAUUAUUAAGUGGUAAUGCGGAAAUGAUAAAAGGAAUAGUGGAAAGAAACUCGCUGGCAGAUUCUGAAACGUUAAAGGACGAUAGUAGGUAAGUGGGUCUAAGAAUUUAAGCAUAAAUACGAUAUGAAUUUAAUUUAAUGUUUACAAUGACUGAAUUUAUUUAAAAUUUAAUCACUUUUGAGAAAAUCGUUCACAUUUUUUAAUUUUAGAAAAAUCGUUUUUUAAUUAAUAAUAAAAAUUUUAAUAAAAAUCCAAAAAUACAUAUUUUCAAUAAAAAUUCAUAUUUUUAAUGAAAAUUCAUAUUUUUAAUGAAAGUUUGUAUUUUUAAUCAAAACUACAAUUUUCCAUGAUAAUUCAGAUUUUAAAAAGUUAAAUUUUUUUGAAAAAUCUACUUUUUAAUGAAAACUAUAUAAAAUUUUUUUA